AUGGCCUCUCCCUUCUUGCAACGACUUCCUGCUGAGCUCCGCAACACCAUCUACGACCUCGUCUUCGAGCCAGAGCCGCAAAGCUUCGCCCCGCAAGGCAUCAUCAGCACCUGCCGUCAGCUCCGCGGCGAGACACAAGUAUACCAGUGGCCUCGCAACUUUCACAUCAACGUCCACCCAUGCGAUGGCAAGCAGGCGAUCUCCGCCCUCGAAGCACUCCUGGCCAACGUGCCGCUCGCCGACCUCAACAAAGUACGGAGCAUUGUCAUAGACCAGCAAAUCUGCUCGAGCUGCAAGCAUCGCGACCUCAGUAGAUAUGCUUGGUGGCGAAAGAUUGGAAGAAGUCUGCAGGUUCAGGGAUUCACUUCGGGAGAGAGACUGAGGAUUGUGAAGACGGAGCGCGCUUGA